AUGUCGCUUCCAAUUCUAGAUCACUUCGCAAUUCUGGUCUCAUACCAAACCCUCCAAACCGUCACAGAAAACCUCAAAGACUCUCUCCUCGUCAUUGACGGCGGCGCCCACGCAGAUGGUCUCACAGUAAACAAACUCAUCCAUCUCGCCGACGGUACUUAUCUCGAAUUCAUCGCUUUCGUAGAGGGCGUCGACCCUGAAAAGCGCCGUGCUCAUCGUUGGGGAAAUCUCCAAGAGGGCAAGAUUGCUGAUUGGGCUCAUACUCUCAACAGCGAAGCCGACUAUGCUGCUCUUCGAAAGAGAGUCGCUGAUGCUGGGAAUGGGGUUACGUACGGUGAUCUCACUUCUCUUCAGAGACACAGACCUGAUGGUGUCUUGAUGAAAUGUCUUGUUUCGGUGGCUCUUAAUUCAGAGGGUAGUCGAAUCUUUCCGGGGACGAUUCCUUUUUGGUGCGUUGAUGAGACGGAGAGACAUCUGCGGUCACCAUUCAAGGCCGAUGGUGGUCAUGGGUUACAUGAAUAUACAAAGCAUCCUUCUCAUGCACAGAGUGUAUCAAAAGUUACUGUUCUACUGCCAGAGAAGGACAUCGCGACGUACAAACCGAUUUACGACGCUAUUCACGAUCAAAAGGUUGCUGAAGGAAAUGAGUACUCAUGGCCAUAUGAUCUCCCUGCUGGGCCCAACGUGGGAAGCAACAAGGUUGUUUUAUCGAAGCUCGAGGGUGGAAACGGCAAGGCGGAGAUCAAGUUGACACUUUUGGGAACAAAGGAUAGUCCCAAGUCUAUUGAGCUUCUUCCUGGACUGACGGUCGACUUUGAGCAAGUGGCAUAG